AUGCCAACAUCCCUGCGAACUCCACUUUGCCGCUACGCAUGUCUGUCGGACCUUCCAUCAAUAGCUCGCUGUUGGUUCGAUGCCUUCUUUGACGACGAAGUCAUUGGUGACAUUAUGCAUCCGCAUCGGAAGCAAUUUCCCGAGGAUGUGUACUGGUUCUUGCUUAGGGGUAUUAGGGAGAGGUUUUGGGAUUGGCGGCAUCAGUUUAUUGUUGUUGUAAUGGCAGAGAAUGGGAAAGAGAAGGUUAUCGGGGCGGCAGAUUGGAGAAGAAUUGGUGACGGAGGAAGAGCGAGAGAAUUAUGUACAUGUGAUCCAAGAAAUUUUAUAAAACCAGCACUCGGUCUCUACCAUACCUUAUCCCUUGCAUUCUUCCCAAAUCGAGCCGCUGACCCAAAAGCCUCCUCCUUCCUUAGCUCUGCUGUCGCAAAUGCAGAACAGUACUGGACAGGUGACCAUGCUGAAUGCUCGGAUCUCCAUGUGUGUGGCGUCGAUUCGAAGUUUCAAGGUAGGGGCAUUGGGAAAUUGUUAGUCAAUUUGGGUACGAGCGUGAUGACUGGGGAAAAGAUGAGGGGCUUUUAUGCUAGAAGCGGUCUGACUGAAGAGGCGGGGCAAGAAAAUAGUGAGCAAAGAAGAGGAAUUGUGCUGUUCCGAAGAGCUAAAGUCAGAGAUUUAACAUGA